CAUCCAGGUCAAUAAGCCACUCCAGUCACUCCAACUCCACCAAUAUUCCCACUUGGAUGAAUGUGGGGACCGGCUCACUCACCUGGACAGACUCGGCUUGCUCUGGGUUUGAGGCAAGCAUUUGCUCAGGCUCUGUAGCAGAGUUGCUGCUGGGUGGAAGUGGCUUCGGGAUUGGAGGAGGGGGCUUGGAGAUGACUAUAGGAGAUACUCGAACUGGGGAGAUGGACUGUUCCUCCACUAUCCCCACUGUGUUGGAAGAUCUGUAAACCCACAGGGUGUAAUUGAUGAAGUCCACCAGGGAACUAUAACCCUCAUUCAACAGUAACAUCUGGCCGAGGAUCUCAUCCAUCCCACUCCAAAAAGAUGUACUGUACUUAAGGGCCUCAUCCCAGCACGACUCCUGAUAGAUCUCAAGGAAAUCCUCCACAUAGUCUUCCAGAGGGUGGUCAUCUUGGGUGAGGGUGAGCAGGGACUCAUCAGUGACAGAGUAAAAUCAUGGAGUGAAAAAUGUUGGUGGAGCCUGCUGGAUUCACAGUGUUGGUAGGUCUGGCCAUCUGUAACACUGACGCAGACAAUGGAUGAUGGAAAGAACCCAAAGCAGGUUUAUUAAAGACACAGGUGAGCAUACAGGUAAGACAAUGGAUCCAGAUCAAACAGGUAAGUAAUAAUGGUAAUGGCAAGCAGAGCAAUAUACAAUAUUGGAUGAUAGCUACACUUACUAUACAGUAGUGAUGUUAUGUAUGACACUGAAGCUUUGAAGGACGUAUUGAGCGUGCAGCACAAUCUCCAGUGAAGCCUUGGACGUGUUAGACUUAUUUGUGCACAUAACGUUGAAUCCAUCUAUGGAGUGUGGUGGCUGCUUCAUCGACAGAACUUCUUCCCCAAGCUUUUAGCUGCUUUAUUUUUUACUAACCACCAGAUGGCCCUGUUUUCAACACUGUAGAAGCUUUGAGUCUUUUUCUGGAACAGUCAAGGGAAAGCCUCAGUGCUUUAUGAGCCUUCAUUUCCCCAUCCCUACUAUAGAGGAACACACAAAGAGAGGACAAAUGAGCAGAUGACAAUGCUGGAAUUGAAGACAAUGGCAAACAGGGAAAUAAUAUUUCAGGAUUCUCACUUUCCUCCUGUUGGGAGGGUAAUGAUGCCCCGUCCGUCGAUGUGCCACACAUCCUCCCUUCAAAUUCCCAAUGACAAAGACCAAGCCCUGAAAGUGCCGGAGGAUGAGUUGCUUUCUUUGGCUCGGUCUCUGCUGCUGGCCUGGUCCGAUCCCCUCGCCCUCCUCUCCUCUGAGGCAUCCAGCCUAGCACAUCCAGAACGCAACACCAUUAACAGCAAGACCAAAGAACUGCAAGACAACAUCGACAGCCUGGGUGCAGGUCUGGAGCAUGUUUUUCACAAGAUGGGCUCAUCCUCAGACAACCUGUCCUCUCUCCCUUUUUACAGCAACAGCCUUGGCCAGGAUAAAACCUCUCGACUUGUCAAUUUCCAUUUCCUGUUGUCCUGCUUCCGCAGGGACUCCCACAAAAUUGACAGUUUCCUCAAAGUUCUGCGCUGCCGGGCAGCCAAGAAGAGACCUGAGAUGUGCUAGAGUGAAAAUGCUACUCUGCUUCUGUCAUUGUGGAUGUUAAGUUAAAAUGUCAGAGCAGUGAGUGAUUUGAAAUGUUUCUUAAUAAUACCGCAUGGCAAAACAUGCCCUUUAUUGUUUCAAAGAUGUAGAUAUUUGAUUCACUUUCUUAUAUACUUGAAUAAAUAAAUGGACCAAUGGGCCAUAUUGCUGUCCCCAGAGAUAAAAGACAACAAAAAGUAAACAAAAUUAUUUCAAGUAAAUUUUAAAAUUGAAGGUCAUAUAAAAGGUCUGCAUGCAGUCAUACUGUUUGAUGAAUAAAUGCACAGAGUAUAUUGAAAUGUUUGACCAUGCUCAGUUUGAUAAGACAUUUGUAUAGUAAGUAUUUAUUAAGAAAUUAUGUUGGAUCUUUAACACGUUUAUUUUAACAUUAUCUCCUGAAAUGCAAUAUUUAAAGCUUUGCAGCAAUGUCAAUAAAUUUCUAUCAUGCAAAUUUA